AGUGUGAAAGGAACAAAGUGUUGUUUUUAUAUUGCAAAUACGUUGGAAAAAUCACAAGACUCAACAGUGCAAAAGAAUAAAUGGUUCAGUUUGCAGCCUUUGGAAAACCAGAAAUGGAAAAUAAGAAAACAAACCCUGACAAUAUCCAAAGAUGUUACACAUAAAUGAGUAUUCACAUUAAUGACCUUCCCCCUGUUUGCACUGCUAGUGUGGCAAGGUGGAAAAAUGAGGGCCUGGCUGGGAUUCGAUCCCCAGACUCCCAGGCAAGAGUCACGCCUGCUAACCAGUCAGCCAAAGGGACAUCCCCUUGGCCAAGUAGCGAGGGUGCAUGAUCAAUCUGGACACGGUGACAAGACGCUCACACUGCCACACUAAUGUCAUCGUGUAUGCUGAUGAUACAGCAGUGUUUGUUUAUGGUAAACAAUGCUGAAUUUAGAGAAUUUUUUUUUAUUUUGUAUUACGUUUGCCUACUUUAAAAUUGUCUACUGCUGCUCCCCUGAGGAAAUUUGUAAUUUUAUGUGCAGAAAAAAUGCCACGAACUCAGAUUCACUACUAAAGGGGAAUACAGCCUUCCAAAAUGUAAAACGGCUUUUGGCAGAUCAGCUUUGUCUAUGGUUGCGAUGGAGAUUUUAAAUAAUUUGCACAUUGUAGCGUUACAACAUUUACCUAAAGACUGGCUUGUACACAUGUUUAAUGACUCAGUGAUACGUGAGUAGCAUCUUUUGGAAAACAAUGCCACUAAUUUGUUGGAACGCUAAGCAGGCACCAAGGAGCCUUAAGUGGUUUACAAGUGGUCAGACAGUGGUGGCAAUGUGUUUUUACAAAAUACUACACGAUGGCGGUAAAAGGGGUGUGUGGGGGCAUUCUGCAGUGGACUUUUGUUUAUCUUGGACAUAACUUCAUUUCUAUUGCGAUCGUAGCUGGGCUCAUUACAUGUGUUUGACAAACCACUCCAAAAGGUGUCUGUUCACCACAGUCCCUGUUAAUUGUCUAAUGAUCUGAGUUCCAGCUCUAAUGAAGAGAAGCUCCUGGAGCUCAGCAUCACUCCAGAUUAUCAUCUCAACAGAUUAUUUUAAUUCUUUCUUCUUCUGACUCUUGGAGGGUGCAGACGCUUUUCUUCUCCUCUCCUCCAUAUCUUAUCCUCAAGGCCUUUGUCUGUCUGUGUGUGCUGGAUGCACGGCUGCUUCUGCAUUUUUUCUGGAAACUGGAAACUGAAAUUCACUAAAAUGAUCUCGUCAGUUGGUCACUCAAUGCGGUUGAUAAAAUUUUUUCAACGAUGAGAACGGGAGAAGGGACUCCCGGAUGCCCCUCUGGGACAGACCCAGUUGGACACAUCAUGGACUCCUGGAAACAGUGGAACUUGAUUUGUCUAUCUCAGCUGUCUGUGGAUGUUAUGGUUUUUGCUGAAUCUAACUGUGUUGUGCUGAGUCUUCUGUGUGCAGGUGGGUGUGUCUGGAGAGCAGCUGGAGAGCAGCUGCUACCUAUCUGUUCAUCAGUGGUCAGGGGAUUUAAGGAGCGUUGGGACAACUCAUCAGUACCGGAUGAUACUCAGCAUUGGGAAACUUCUCCCCCACCAACCAAGCCUCCAUCAGCUGCAAGAAAACUCACCGGAUUCCAACCCUGUCUGCCAGUCCCGUCGCUCACCCCUGACCGCCUGCUCUCCAAUCCCCACCUGCCAACUAGGACACCUCCAACUCCGGUACUCAGCCCCCAGCCUCACCUGACUCUCGCUCUACCAGCUCAGCCAGCCGUGACUUGCCCACCCCUCUCAGCCUUACCAACAACCAGGAAACUAACCCCACCGGAACCAUCGGAUCUCAGACCAUCAUCUCCUUUGUACAUUAUAAUAAACCUUUUUUACUUACCUUUGUCUCCGUGCAUGAUUCUGCAUGUCGUGGGUCAAAAAGCUGCAGCCCAGCAUGACAGAAUCAUCCGGUCAAAAUUCCGACCCACUCGCAGAAUCUCUCCCGCCGGCUCUCGCCUCGACUUUAUCCAAACACGAAAAUUCCAUCCAGUCCCUUCUCGAGCACCAGUCCAAAACAAACCAACACCUGUUUCAAUUAGAAUCCGUAAUCCGGCAGUUCAAUGAUAAACUAACAGCGUCUAUUCCUUCUGCUCCUCCGUCAGCCGCUCAAGCGCUUCCGGUUCAAACCGUCCAAGCACCCCGUUUGCAUUUCCGGGUCCCGGAGUCUUCUCCAUCAGACACUUACCGGGGUGAAUUCGGUCAAGUUCGAGGUUUUCUCCUGCAAUGUGAUCUAACUUUCGGAACAUACCCUGAAACAUACAACAAUGACCAAAUAAAGAUUUCCUACAUCGUAGGUCUGCUCCGCGGUCGCGCCCUACAAUGGGCAGAGGCACGUAGUCGUGAUCCUGAUUUUCUUAAAGGCACAUUGCACGAUUUUCUCACUGAAUUUAGGAACACUUUUGACAAUACUGAAACACCCGCCGAGAUAUCAAAAACAUUAUGGAAUAUGAAACAAGGUAAACAAACGGUACUAGAUUUUGCCAUAGACUUUAGAACCCUCGCUA